GACGAUGAAGUGGUAAGGACGAGCAGCAUCGUCUUGACUAUGUUACCUUGCGGUAAAUCUUGAUGGACGCGUGUUUGCGUUGAUGGUCACAAACUUUCACACAUUCAAACAGAUCCAGUGUUUGUUCCGGCUUUACGCAAAACGGUUACCGAUGCCGAGCCGAUGGUGCCACCCCACUUUGGCACCCAACUUGUUCAUGCUAAUGGGCUACCAACUGAUGGUUCUUUGAUACAAGUUAACAUGCUGGUUGCUCUUCCUGGAAGGAUCCAUCGUGCAUAAUAGCUGAAGACCAGCAGCUGGAACUGUUUUACACAUUCGCUUGACGCUCGGAAGCUAUCUGAUCCCCCCUGCCACGACCAACCUAAUCCCAUCGUAUCUACUUGACAUCUCGCCAACAUGCCGAAGGACGCCGCUCCCGAUCAGAUGCCUGAGCUUGGGAUCAACACCUUAUUCGGCAUCAAGGGCAAGGUUGCCCUCGUUACUGGUGGUGGAUCGGGUCUUGGAAAAAUGAUUUCUGCCGCUCUCGUCCGCAACGGUGCCAAGGUCUACAUUGCGUCUCGAAAGCUCGAAGAGCUGCAGCGGGUCGCCAAAGACCUAAACGUCUUGUCACCCCCGGGUGCCGUUUCCGGCCUGGCCGUCAUUCCGGUCCAGGCUGACGUGAGCAACAAGGCGGGGUGUGAUGCCUUGGCCAAAAAGAUUUUCGACAAGGAGAAGGAGUUGCACAUUUUGAUCAAUAACGCUGGUCUCACCUGGGGUGCGGCGAUGGAUGACUUCCCUGAGCAAAAGGGCUGGGACAAGGUGUUUGAUUUGAACGUCAAGAGCCAAUUUUACCUGACAGUCGCGCUAUUGCCGCUGCUGACGGAGAACAAGUCGAACACGAACCACGCCGAGGUCAUCAACAUUGCCUCCACGGCUGCCUACACGCCAAUGGCCGAAAGCCCGUUGUCUGCGCCAGGCCACGGUACUUUCAGCUACCAACCGUCGAAGGCGGCGUCGGUGCACCUGACACGAACGCUGGCGAACAGCCUGGCCGAGAAGCACGUCCUCAUCAAUGCCAUCUGCCCUGGCGUCUUCCCAAGCCGCAUGACUGCAUAUGCGAUCGGAGAGAGCGGCGAUUCGCUGAUAUUUGUUCCCGUUUUCGCGUCGUCCCGCACGCGCGUGCACACAACUUUCUCUGUGCACAGGCCGCUUGGGCUCGCCUGAGGACAUCGGCGGUCUGGUUGUCUUCCUUUCCUCGCGCGCCGGCUCGCACAUCACCGGUGCCGCAAUCCCGCUGGACGGCGGUAGCAGCUUGCAGUUCAUGCCGCGUCUUUGAGCGGGACUUCACAUGGAAGUGAACCAGACGUAUAGACAAGAGACAGAGGGCCCCUGAUACUUACGCCUGUGAAGCGGGAUGUGCUGUUAAUGCGCUUUCUAAACAAUGUGUAUAUGUAGAUGGAUC